CAUACGCUUAUCAGAGAGUCCAAAAUAAAACUUUAAAGACGGAAGACCUAAACAAAAGAAAAUCCAAGCACAAACUCUCAACUAAAGAAAGAAAAGGCAAUUCAAUCUGGCUGUUAUAAUAAACAAUCGUUACCUCAGCUCUAAAGAUGCAGACUUUGUAGAGCACCUUUUAUUAGAUCUUGAAAGAUAUCAAGAUCUAAACAAUUCAUACAGAGUACUGUUGUUUCCACCAUUGGCAAGCCACUUCCGCCUACUUAUCCACAAAACUACAGAAAGUAAUUUUACUCAACUAAUAACCUUUUCAAUAGGCAGUGGAUUAUCUCGGCAAACAGUUGUUGCGUACAAAAUUGCUUGCCUGAGAGGUCCACGAGGAAUACAACUCAUGAACUCUCCAACUCCACCAAUUUCAAGAGGUCGAGGUAGAGGCAGAGGAAAAGAAUUAACAUCAAGCGAAAGGGUGUCACAAUGGGUUAAUCAAAGAGAGACUAAACGUUUGAAUAAAGAAAAAUGGGCUAAUCCAAGUCAUCAAACAGUUUUUGAUGCUUUGAGUAAUGAUAGUGAUGUUCAGAAUUCAGAAAAACAAAAUUCUGAAUCAGAUUCAAGUUCAGAAAGAUCAAAGGCUAAACGUUCUGAAACACAACUGUAUAUACCACCAUAUCUCCGUGAAAAGAAAGCUUCUAGUCAGAAUAUAAUCACAAAGCCAAGUGCUGAAGCCCCUUAUUCUAACAUUGAUGAACAAUCACUUAGUAACAACCUGUGUGAAGAUACCAGCAAAGUUUCUGAAGUUCCAGACACUCAGGACAUUACUUACACUAAAGACAAUGUAGACAAUUUAACUGAAGCAGUUGCAGAGGUUAGCAAGUCAAAGGGAAGGGGUAGAGGAAAAAGGAAGCCAGAAGUUGAGAUUUAUGUUCCCCGUGCAUUACGUACUGUAAAAAAUGAAAGUAAGCCAGGUACAGACAAAGUGAACGAAACUAUUAGCUGUGAUAAUCAAGAUUAUUCCGAAGCUUUUAAUUUACAUGAACAAAUUAAAGAAGAUGAUUUUAAUCAGCAAUGUGUUAAUAGUGUAGAAAUUAUGAAAGAACAAGUUUUGAAAACAGAUCAGCAAUGUAAGAUUACUAAAUGUGUUACCUCGGAUGUUUCCAGUGGUUGUGAAACAAUUGAGGAGAUAUUAAUAAAUUCUAAACAUAAAACAUAUUUUACACCUAAACCUCCGGAUGUGGAACCAGUAAUUUCUAUUGAAAAUCUAAGCCAAAACCAACCAGAGGAAAAAGAUAUUUCUGAUAUCUCUUAUUUAACUCCUGCAGUCAGUGAAAAUGUAAACUGUACAAGUUGCGAUGAUAAAGAUACACCAGGCACCCGCAACACAGACAGUUUUACUUUUGAGUUUUAUGACCCUGCUGUCAUAGCUUUUUUGCCAUCAUCCCCACUGGCCCAGCAGACUAACGAUGAUUCUUAUUUUGUGAACAAAACAGAUAUAUCAUCACCUGCAACUAUAAUGUCUGCAGAGCAAUGUCCUGAAAGUGAUCUCUUUGAAAAUUGUCAGAAUGAUAUGCUAGAUGCUGAGAAGAUACAAUUUAAUAAUUUUAAUAACAACUCUGCUACAACACCUACUGACACUAAUAUUGAAAUGAUUGAAAAAGAUGAGCAAAACAAUAUGUGUGUUGCUGUACAGAACAUUGAAUUGGAUGAGACAUUAAAUACAGAAAGUAAAGUUUGUACUGACACUUCCAAAUUAAUUCCUGAUUCAAACCCUGAGAGUUCAGAUAAAGCUGCAGUUCAUAAAAGCAAGAAAAAGCAGAAAAAAGAUGGGUCCCCAUCAGUAGAUGGUAAAAGUGUGAAGAAGGCUUCAAAAGAAAAAAGUAGUACCAAGGAGAAGAAAAAAAGAAAAGAGAAACCAGAGCAAGUUUUGAAAGAGGCCAAAGAACAAUCUGUCAGUGCAGAGAAAACAGAAGAGGAAGACACUUGGGAUGCUUUGUUUGAUGACAAUGGUGAUUGCUUAAAUGACUCUCUAAUGAAAGAGUUGACUGAGUAUGUUGGCAAAGUUGAAAUAGAAAAGCCCAAAAUAAAUUACCUAAAGUUUGAGCCCAAAGAGCCAUCUUUAGAUUAUCAAGCUUUCAGCCAUAUUGUUGAAAUCUAUGAUUUUUCUGAACAAUUGCAAACUUGUGAUCUAGUUGCUGCUUUCCGUGACUUUAGUUCUCGUGGAUUUGAUGUAAAGUGGGUUGAUGAUACACAUGCUUUGGGAAUUUUUUCUAGUUCAGUUGCUGCAAAUGAAGCCCUAAAAAUGGUCUACCCACUUCUAAAAGUUCGACCCAUGUCUGAAGCUUCAAAGAAAGGGCAGCAAAAAGCUCAAUACUGUCAGGAGUUUCUGCAACCUUAUAAAGCACGUCCAGAAACAACAUCAAUUGCAGCUCGACGUCUCGUUGCUGGAGCACUAGGUAUGGCACCUCGUGUUUCACGAGAGGUUAGAGAUCAAGAGCGUCAAAAGUUAAAAGAAGCAAAAGAAAAACGGCGUCAAGAACGGCAACAGAAGAAUGACAUUUGGGAUGGCACUGUGGCUAAAUCUACUGUAGAUGAAGAAGCUGGAGGGUUGAGCUGAUGUUGUUCUUAGUCAGGGAAAGAUUAUUAGAUUUACCUGUUGGUGCUUUUGAUAUCAGAAACUGGAUAAUUCAGCUGAUGUUGUUCUUAAUCAGGAAAAGGGAUUAGAUUUUCCAGUUUGUGCUGUUGUCUAAUUAGUCAUGUUUGUUAAUUUUAUUAAUUAUAUAUAAUUUUAAAGAGAACAUAAUUUCUUUGCAUUCUCAUACCUUUUUUUUACCUGUACAUGAACUAUACAAUGAGGAAAUGACUAGCUAUUCAGCAGUUAUAGAUCACAAGGUUGGACGUUUUGAUAAGAUGCAUUUUGUAGUUGAAUAUAUCAUAUGACGUGUAAAAUCACACAGACCUAUGCUGUUACAUAAUGUUGAUAAAAAAACUUCCUAAAUUUUACUUGAAAUCAUUUGAAUAUUUUUUAUUGGCUCCUCUAAAACAAAUAUAGUGCUAAAUGAACAGACUAUGUAUUGAAAUAAAAUGUUUAUAAAAUAUAAUUUAAUAGAUUUCUCACAUAAAUUCAAAUGCUUGAUGAUUAUUAAACUAGUUUUUUUUUGUAGAUAUUGUAAAGUUUAUUUAUUUUAACAGUUUGAUAAAAAUACAUUUUAAAUUUUACUUGCAACUUUAAGAUUGUAUCAUUAAUGUAAUACCUAAGUAUAGAUAUGAUACUUUUAGGAAUGUAUCUUUAAUGUUCCUUAUGUCCAGUGAAUAUAUUAAAUAAGGAUCAAGUUUAAAUUUGUACUAAUAUACUAAGAAACACCAUAGUGUUGAGCAGUGUUUCUACAUGCAUGUUAGGCUUAUCCUUAGUUUAGAUCAAUCGCUGUUGAGACUAUUACUUUUUAUUCAUGCAAAGAAAUAGCUAGUUUACAAUUGAAAUGAGCGGUAGAAAUCUCAGGAUUUUGCAAUUAAAAGUGUAAUUGAUGAAAAGUAUGAACAAAAGUGUAAUAACUCUUGAAUCUUCUGUGCCUUUGAUGUUGUUUCAUACCUGAAAAGGAAAAAUGUAUUAGAAAAUUUAGAUUUGAUAGGGUAUUUUUAACUAAUGAUUUUUAAUAAUGUUGCUACUACUUAAGGAUUAUCUUCUGUUUAAUUGAAUUUAUCAUUUAAAAUAGUCUUAAGAA